CCUAAACACAGGGCUGCGGGUUUGAGGUCCUCAAGCGUGGGGAGCUGGGGUACAUCCUGUGCACCCCCAGCCCAUGUGCAGCUUCUGGGCACGUUGGUACUGAGCUGAGCACCAGCACGUGGUGCAGCUGAGGCAGUUCAUGUGUCCUCCAGACACAUCUGCUGUCAGUGCAUGUGCAAGCACUCUGAACUCCCUCUGUUCCAGGGGUUCCGGCUGUCCUGCACAGCUGAGGCUGAGCACUGUGUUUUGGAGGGUGCUGGACCGUGGCAGGGCCUUUGCCCUGUGCUGCUGGGCAGGAAUUUUUCCUGCUGAGCAAAGCUCUGGGGCCAAGCCAAGCCCAGCCCCAGGCUGUCCCUUUCCCAGCUGCUAUGGAGGGGCUGCAUUCCCCUUCCCUGCAGCACUUGGUGGCCGCCCGCCCAGACGGUUGCUCUGGAUCCAUGUGUGCUCCCUAGGCUGCAAGCAUCAGGCAGAAUGACCGUGGGGCUGUGCCCAUCUGCUCCCCAACCACUCUGAGUGCCCCAGGCAAAGGCUGGCUCAGGUUCAGCUGCAGGCUCUGUGUCCUGCCCAGCCAUCCCACAAGCCAUGAGACAGUGUCCAGUCCCUUGCCAAGGCGUCCCCUGCCCUGGGCCCCCUGCCCCCACCCCAUGCCCGGAAAUCCCAUGAGAAGCACUGCCAUGAAAGCAAAGUCCAGGAGCUACCAGCACAGUGUGGAGAUGUCGGCCGGGCUCUGUGCUGGCCUGGGUGCAGGCUGUGCUGCCCACAGGCUGUGGGGCCAGCGCCUGGCUCAUAGCAGGACCACUGAAAAGCUGCAACGAGAGUAUGAUGCCGUGGUGAUCGGAGCAGGGCACAACGGGCUGGUGGCAGCUGCCUACCUGCAGCAGGCAGGGCUGCGCACGGCCGUGCUGGAAAAACGCCAUGUGCUGGGUGGUGCAGCUGUCACUGAGGAGAUUGUGCCAGGCUUUAAGUUCUCCCGGGCUUCCUACCUGCUCAGUCUGCUACGUCCGCAGAUCUAUGCAGAGCUGGAGCUGCAGCGGCAUGGCCUGAGGGUGCUGCCACGGGACCCUUACUCCUUCACCCCACUGCUGGAGGACAGGAGCCCACCCCGCUCCCUGCUGAUGGGGCACGACAUGGCUCAAACCCAGCAGCAGAUCGCCCAGUUCUCCCAGAAGGAUGCUCAGGCUUACCCUAAGUAUGAGGCAUUCAUGGGGUGCUUGGUGUCUGCCAUCAACCCACUGCUGGAUGCCCCCCCUGCAGAUACAGCUGCCCUAGGGCAGGGCUCCCUGCUGCAGAGGCUCCGUGCCCUGUGGCCCCUGCUGCAGACAGGGCUGGCAGUGGGACGGCAGCUGCCCCACUUCUAUGAGGUACUGACAGCCCCAAUCUCCAAGAUCCUGGAUCACUGGUUUGAGUCAGAGCCCUUGAAGGCCACUCUGGCAACAGAUGCAGUGAUUGGGGCCAUGAGCAGCCCCCACACCCCAGGUAGCGGGUAUGUGCUGCUGCACCAUGUCAUGGGUGAGCUGGAGGGGCAGCGUGGUGCCUGGGGCUACGUGGCUGGGGGCAUGGGGGCCCUGUCCCAAUCCAUCGCCCGUGCAGCAGCCACCCGUGGAGCCCACAUCUUUACGGAGAAGGCUGUGUGCCGUGUGCUGCUGGGAACUGAUGGGCAGGCACAGGGCAUCGUGCUGCAGGACGGGACGGAGGUGAGGAGUAAAGUGGUGUUGUCCAACGCCUCCCCCCAGAUCACCUUCCUGGAGCUCACUCCCAAGGAGCAGCUGCCAGAGGACUUUGUGCGGCGGAUCCAGCAGCUUGACACACGCUCCCCUGUCACCAAAAUCAAUGUGGCAGUGGACCAGCUGCCUAGCUUCCUUGCUGCCCCCAACACCCACGACAGCCGACCUUUACCCCAUCACUGCUGCUCCAUCCACCUCAACUGUGAGAACACACACCUUCUGCACCAGGCCUACACCGAGGCUGCCCAUGGGCACCCCUCCAGCAGGCCCAUGAUUGAGCUGUGCAUCCCUUCAGCUCUGGACCCAGGGCUGGCUCCUCCUGGCUGCCACGUUGUGUCCCUCUUCACCCAGUACACCCCAUAUGAGUUGGCGGGUGGGCAGCUCUGGGAUGAGAAGACUCGAAAUGCUUAUGCAGACACAGUGUUCGACUGCAUUGAAGCCUAUGCCCCAGGCUUCAAGGCAUCUGUCAUCGGCAGGGACAUCCUGACACCACCUGACCUGGAGAGGAUCUUCGGGCUGCCUGGUGGGAACAUCUUUCAUGGAGGGAUGUCUCUGGACCAGCUCUACUUCACCCGGCCAGCGCCAUCCUACUCAACAUACCAGACCCCGGUCCCAGGCUUAUACCUGUGUGGGAGUGGAGCCCACCCCGGAGGAGGUGUGAUGGGUGCAGCGGGUCGCAAUGCAGCCCAGGUGGUCCUCAGGGAUUUCAGGCGCCUGCGGUGGCGGCAGUGAAACUGAAUUCACCUGCACAGGCGUGUGGCUGCAGUUGUUUCCAGUGGUCCUGGCUUCCCAGCCAUGCUGCAAGCCAAGCGUGUCAGGUAGCAUCCCCUGUGAAUAGGGCAGUGCAGGCUGGUGCAGUGUCCCAAGAGGUGUCAACUGUCCCAGUGCUGUGACACACACAGAAAUAAACCCAGCCACAGACUUUGCAUUUA